CUACGUGGAAAGGAAGUAGCGAGCAUGCUAAUGCUAAUGUGGCUACAAGUUGAGGACGACCAAAACAAACGAUGAAGGCGGAGCAAAGGAGCCGAAAACAGCUUGGAUUAGGCAUGGAACUGCGUUUGCUUUGAUCGUGGUGGUAGAGUUUAUGCAGGGUAUUAGAGGUACCUGUAUGUCUAGUUUAGAAAUCAUGCGAUUAUGAAUGCCAGCUGACGAGUUUGCGAGCUGUAACUGUAUGUGGGAUUGAUGUUUCCUCUGUACACAAACGCUAUGCUUUGGCUAACUAGCUAAGUGGUAGCUAGAUGUCAACAAAGCUUAUCCCGGAAAAACACAAUUUGAAAUAGCGAAAUAGUGUUUUCACUAGGUUGUCGUAGAUUUCGAGAAAUGCAGAGAUAGUUAAAGGGACUGUUGUUUAUGUGCUAACGCCAAUCCCCCUUUAAGAUCCGUGUUACAGUUCCUGGAGUUACUGAUUGCUAGCUAGCCAAACAGUCAGCAUGAGUUGGUUCAACUCCUCUCUGUCCAGCUUCGCUAAACAAGCUUUAACAACAGCUCAGAAGUCAAUCGACCGAGUUCUGGACAUCAAAGAGGAGGACCAGUGGGGUGACACAGUUGUCAUGCCCUAUGAUGAUGUAACAAUGCCUGGAAAGCUGUCACUGAGUGGAGGAUGGGGAAUGACACCGUGGGAGGCGCCCCCUGAAGAGAGGCCCAUCACUCCUCCUCCUUCCUCUGAGGCCAUCACCACUCCUGUCACCCGCACAGUUGUGGAUGAAUCGGAAAACUUUUUCACUACCUUUUUGCCACCCGGAGACGUCCAAGGCGUCACCAUCUCCCAGGUAGUGUCCGUACCACCUACUAAGUCGCAAAGGCGGCCUCAGGAGAAGGAAAAGAAAAGCAGGGAGACUGUGGCACAUGAAGAAGAGAAUUCAGCACCUGCGGACGAGACCCUGGAGUAUCAGACGGAUGAUGAAGGCUUGAUAGUUGAUCUGGAUUCCUCAGCAGAAUCCCCUUAUUCAGACACUAUCCUCCUGCAGCCGGUUUCUCCUGCUCCUUCUCUCAGCGAUCUUCCUGACAGCGAAAUGAGCGAUUUACAAACAGAUAUCAGCUCUGCAGUUUCUGUAGACUCCACACCAGAGCCGUCACAGCCUCCAUCCGAUCUCCAGGUGGAGCAGGAUACCACAGAUUCCUGUCAACCCGCUGCUGUCACUUCUGAACUUAAGAGCUCUACUCCCCCUGAUCCUUCGCCCUCUCCGCCCUCUAAGGAAGUACUCAUAGAGAAUAAAGACUCAAAGGUGGAGGACCGUCAAAGCGAUACCCCCUCUCCUCCGGUCAGCGCUUUCUCCUCGGGAACCUCCACCACCAGUGACAUUGAAGUGCUUGACCACGAGUCAGUGUUGAGUGAGAGCUCAGCCAGCUCCAGACAAGAAACAGGGGAGGGCAAGGCCGACCUUCAUCUGAUGCAGGGCUCCUUUCAGCUUCUCACGGCCUCCACCUGUGGAGAUUUCCCCCAUCUGGAGGACUACUCCAAACUCACAGAGAGCUGCGGCUCCUCCUCGGACGCGUUCGAGCGCAUAGAUUCAUUCAGUGUUCAGUCGUUGGACAGCCGGAGUGUCAGCGAGGUUAACUCGGACGAUGACAUCCCCGGCAGUCGGACGCUAGCGUCUGUCACCACGGGCUCUCCUCCUUUGACAGUGUCAUCAGCUGUGUGUCAGAAGCAGGAAGAUGGAGAGGAGGAGAAUUUAGGGCAGGAGGAAAGGGAGGAGGAUGAGGAGGAGGAGGAGGAGGAGGAAGAAGAGGAAGAGGGCUAUACAGACACAAUGAGGGAGCAGUCGCUGGAUGAGAUGGAGGAGAGUGGCCGGAGUGCGACGCCUGUUAAUAGUGAUCAGCCUGAAGAGUUGAUGGAGCAGGAGCAGUACUCUGAGGCGAAUGUCACUCUGUCUGAUCCCGCCUCCAACGCUGACGAACAGAUCGCUCCACCAAUCACUGCAGAGAUGAAAAGUGUCUCCCCAGUUCAGAUUUUGGAGCUUCAAAAGGUGAUUGAUGAUCUGUCAGGCCGCCUGGAGAAGAGAGAGUCUCAGCUUCUGGUUGUCAGCAAGGACAAGGCCACGCUGGAGGAGCAGUGUGACAACCUCAAAGAUGAAGUGAUAAGCCUGAAGGAGGAUAGCUCCACAGUUCAGUCCCUGAAGGAUGAGUUCACUCAGCGUAUAGCGGACACAGAGAGGAAGGCUCAGCUGGCCUGCAAGGAGAGAGACAUAGCCAAGAAGGAAAUAAAGGGCUUGCGAGACGAGCUUUCUACAAGACUUCACUCCAGCGACACACUGGAGAUCAUCAGAGAGAAGGAAGAGCAGAUCAGAGGCCUGCUGGAAGAAGGUGAGAAGUUGUCCAAGCAGCAGCUGCAGCACAGCAACAUCAUCAAGAAGCUGCGUGUGAAAGAGAAGGAGAGCGACACAAGGAUCAUAAAGCAACAGAAGAAGAUCAGGGAGCAGGAGGAGGAGCUCAGGCAACUGCAGCAGGUUCUAGAUGGGAAGGAGGAGGUGGAGAAACAGCACAGGGAGAACAUCAAGAAGCUGAACGCGGUGGUGGAGCAGCAGGAGAAGGAUGUGAGCCGGCUGCAGACGGACUCUGAGGAGCUGCAGGAGAACAACCGGAGCCUGCAGGCAGCGCUGGACAACUCCUACAAGUAAACACUGACACGCCCUGAUAUUCAUACCCAAUAAUAACAACAAGGACUCUGACUGUAAAUCUAACCCCUGCACUCUAAAUAUCAUUAUAUUAUUUCAUGGUUGACAGAAUAUACAGCGCCGACUAAGUAUUUGGGAAUUGAAACACUUGGUGGGACUUCUCCUUAUUGGAUUUGAAACUUUUGAAUUUAAGGUUCAAGUGAAGGCUUCCACCUCAAAUGUUAGGCUGUUUAGAUCUACAAUU